GGGACCUCGGCGGCGGGGUGGCUGUGGGAUCCUGGCCUCGGAAGCCCGCCGCCCUGUCCGGUGUCCUCCAGCAGAUCCUCUGGCCCCGGGCGGCCUCGCUUUGCACAUUCUCAGGUACCAUCGGCAGAGCCCUGGUAAUCCUAUGGAGGUGACAGCCAGUUUUACCAAUGCACACCCUUGGCAGCAGAUGGAUACUACCUCACGGCACGACCCCUUUGUAGAUUCCUGGAUUGAGAGAUCCCGCCAUGGGAACCCCAUGUGUGUGGACACCACCAUGGAUUGGAAUAGCUCAGCUAAUGAUUCUUCUGGCACUAAGCCUACAGAAAGGGGUUCUCCAGCUGGAUGCAUACCAGACCCCUGGCCACUCCGGAUGGACUUCCACUGGGUUCCUAGCUUUCCAUGGCUGUUAGACUACGUUUUGACCCAGCUGGGAGAUUAUACCCUCCACUUUGAACACUAUCAGGACAAUCUCAACUGUGUCCAUGAGAGCCAGCUGACUGGCAGGCCUAGCCUAGCUUGGGCCUGGGUGGCUCCUUACCUCAACAGGGACCUGCCCUUGCCGGAUGAUUAUGAACUCUUCUGCCAGGAUCUCAAAGCAGUUAUUCAAGACCCAAACAGUUUUGUUGAGUACGAUGCCACUGUCUCCUGUCCUGUGCCUUCCACAUCCGGCCAGCCACCAGUGGCUGCACAGCUACGCACAGUAAGGCAUCACAUAGUCAGGUUCCCGGUGGCCCUAGCUCUCAAUAUGGAUGCUCCCUUGAGGCCUGCUUUACCUGCUCCCUCUAACCCCUGCUUGUUGAGGCCUAACUCUAUAUCCAGAAGUUCUUGGCCUGAGUGGCAGCUGGCCGAGAAGAGCUCCUCUGGACCCCAAGAGCCCCUGAACCAGUCUGGUUGUGCAUGUAGCCUUGAUUAUAGUGCUGCGAGGCCAGCUGCCUCCCAUCCAAAGGACGCAGACUCCAAACUUGUCUCAGUAUCUUCAGAAUUCAUUAACUCUUAUUCUUAGAAGCUAGAAUCAGCUCAUAUGGGGAGCUGAGAACCCCAGAAAAGAGAAGACUCUAAAGCCGAAGGAGACCAGGAAGAAUCUCUGGGUACCCCAUGGUGGCUGGAUAGUGUCCCAGAGAUCCCGCAAGAGCCACCCUUUAUGUUCCUCACUUCUCAUCCUUGCGUUCCGCACACAGCCAGGUGUGCAGCAAUGCUCCUCGUGGGAAAGCGCUGUGCGUACAUGGCGAGGGAGUCCCACAGCACCCAGGCAGCACAGGGCUGUCUACAGGUGACUCCACUGACCCGUGCCUGGAUAGCUAGACACACAGGCAUGUGAGCUCGCCCAACUCCUGCCAGAAUGUGGGCCUGUGUUGGGCCCCUAGCUAAGGUCCCACCCCACACCUGGACGUGCUCUUCCACCUGCCAGUUCCUACAGGAAAGACUGUAGAUCAGCCCCAUCAGAUUGUAGCACGGUGGCCAGAUGCUGCCCCCACCAAGAACCCUGUUGGUGUUUCUGCCUGCUCUCUGUGACCUCCGAGCUAGCCUAUAAUGCAAAGAAGGUUGCUUGAAGGAUGCCUCGGCUCCUUUGUGAAUCCUUUGGGUGGUUGGUUUGGUUUUUUGUUUUUGAGACAGUGUUUCACUAUGUAGCCUUGGCUGGCUUGGAACUUGAUAUGUACCAGGCUGGCCUUGAACUCACAGAAAACCCCCUGCCUCUGCCUUGUGAAUGCUAGGACUAAAUCUUUUUUAUUUUUGUUUUUUUAAAUGGUAUAUCUAUGGAGUACAAUAUAAUUGGAUACAUAGAUGAAUAAUGAUUCAGUCUGGUGAUGGCUAGUCUCUUAAACGUUAAUCAUUUCUUUGUAUGGGAUUGUAUUUGCACUCCCCUCGUGGUUCCUUGUAAAAUAUGAAAUACAUUAUUGUCAUCUCUAAGGGCACACUGUGCCAUGGAGUUAUCUGA